GAUAGAGGAAUAAGAGCGUGUUUCGGUUGAUGCUGACUAGGAAAGAUUACUCCGGGGCACAGUCAGCUGCCGAAACUCCGGUUGACUAGUCACCGCCACAGUUGUACUUCUCAGGUAGACGCUAGUAACACCAAAAAAACAUCAUCAUGGCUGACGAUGAGGAAAAGAAGAGGAAACAGGCUGAGACCGACAGGAAGAGGGCGGAGGUCCGCGCUCGCCUGGAGGAAGCCUCCAAGGCAAAGAAGGCCAAGAAGGGUUUCAUGACCCCAGACAGGAAGAAGAAGCUCAGGCUCUUGCUGCGUAAAAAGGCCGCCGAAGAACUUAAGAAGGAACAGGAAAGGAAAGCCGCUGAGAGGAGACGCAUCAUCGAAGAACGUUGCGGAAAGCCUAAGAACGUCGACGACGCCAACGAAGCCGAGCUCCAGACGAUUUGCGCGGCUUACUGGCAAAGACUAUACGGUCUUGAGGGAGAUAAAUUUGACCUCGAGUGGAAAAUUAAAAUGAAAGCUUUCGAGAUCGCGGACUUGAACAGCCAGGUGAACGAUCUGCGAGGUAAAUUCAUGAAGCCCACUCUCAAGAAGGUAUCGAAAUACGAGAACAAAUUCGCUAAGCUUCAGAAGAAAGCUGCCGAAUUCAACUUCCGUAACCAACUGAAACAGGUUAAGAAGAAGGAAUUUACCCUUGAAGAGGAGGACAAAGAGAACGCGUCAAAAGACAAGAAGAAACCUGACUGGUCGAAGAAGGGUCCGGAAGAGAAGAAGGUAAAGGAGGAGGAGGUUGAGGCAUGAUGAGGAUCCCUGUGAAACACUCGUUUUUAAAAAUCUUUAAGGAAAAGAAACGCCGAUUCACCAACUUUCACAAACAACAAAGCAUAUUAAACUAUAGAAUUUAAUGACGAUGUUAAUAAGAUAUAUAUUCAACAAGUAACGGGCGACGGGAUACGUCACAACCAUACACCACAUCACAUAAUCACGAGAAUAUUCUUUACAUAAUAUAUUUUUUAAACAUUAAAAUUACGAAACACAUCUUUCGCCCUACCUCUUGUUUUUCCCCCUUAAAAUUUCCAUCGAUGUAUCGAAACCUUUUAGAAGAACCUUUAUUCCUGUGUGAUUUGUUCUUACUCUCAGUUCCUUAUUGAUUUUUCGUUUUUUUUUUUUCUUUCUUUGUUGCUCCUCCGCACGAGAUCCUUGUUAAAAAACAAAUGGUGUACAAUAUUUUGGAAUUAUUCCAAUCCUGCAUUUUUAUUUUUUUUCACCCUCUCCGUAGGUUAUAGAACAACCUGGUGUCGUAAUACCUAUCCGUUGUUUGGUAAUUAUUAUAGAGAGAGAAAAUGGAGAACAAAUAAAAAAAAAAAAAAAAGUUAUGGAAGAACAGAGAUGAAUUAUUAAUUGAUACAUAGGGAAUCAGAAGAAGGAUUAUUUAACGCGAAUAUCUUCGUAUCCUAACACGUGUCACCCUCGAGAGAUAUCGUAAUACACCUAUACCUGUUAUAUGUAUAAUGUAAGUCUUACUGUGAAAAUGAAAGGAAGAAAAAGAAGCAAAACAUAAAGAGUAAUGAAAGUCUUUGUCUAAGUUUUA